AUGGGGGACGCCGCGGCGGCGUCGCCCCGCGCGGCGCCGGCGAAGCGGCGGCGCGCGGACGACGGCGCGGGGAUGCGGCGGGUGGCGGAGAUCGUCAUGGUGCUGGCCGCCGCCGGGGAGAUGCGGGGCGGGAGGGACCCCACGGCGGCGGAGCGGGCGCUCGCGGCCGAGGCGCGCGAGAGGCUGGCCGCCGCAGUCGCCGGGGGCGCGACCCGGCCCAAGGAUCUGUUCCCGGGGGAGGCGGUGCGCGCCGUCGUCGAGGAUCUCGGCCUCAACAGGGCCAAGGACCCCGCCGCCAUGGGGUUCCGCCCGCCCAAGGCCUCCAUCGCCGACAGGCUCUCGCUUACUAAGCGCAAGAUGGAAGAAGUCAAGGAAUCUCCAGUUCAACCAACAGCAAUCACACCUCAAACGACUGUCUCGAGUGGAACAGCUGAAUUCCAGCCGCAUGGGACUCCCAUGUUUGCUGUUGGAUCUCAUAGGACCCCACCAGGUGCUGCAGCCUUGCCUACUACUGCCCCAGUAACUUCUACCUCUGUAAUGGCCUUGAAACAGCAUGGAUCAUCUCCUGUAAAGCCAGUUACCAACCAUUCAGUUGUUGCACUAUCCCAAACUGGUCAACCACAUGUUAAGUCGGAAAGAGGUGUUAAUGGUCCUUUGAAUCUAACACGAGCGUCUGUUGGCCACUUGAACAAACCGUUUCACGAUACAUCUGCUAGGUCCAAUUCAAAUGCUGCUGCAAGUAACAAUCAGGUCGUGAAAAAUCAGGACACAAAGGUAGCGGCAAUUCAAGCUGUGACCGUAAACCCUGUUAUGGGGCAUCAGGCUACACCAGGGACAGCGUCUUCUGUUACUCCAAAACCUAUUUUUGCCAACCACAAUGCAAUAGCGAAAAGUGUUCAAAAUGUUCUGCAACAACCUGCUAAUCAUCCUAGCUGGACUCCACCAUCAACUGAGUAUAUGCAAGCUCGUUUGGACUGCCAAAUAUGCAAAGUUGCUAUCAUGGAUGCAAACAGUUUGCUUGUUUGUGAUGCUUGUGAGAGGGGAGCACACUUGAAGUGCCUUCAGCAUUAUGGUAACAAAGGUGUUCCUAUAGCUGACUGGCAUUGUCCAACAUGUGCAGCACAGAGCAAGGGUAAACCCCUUCCACCAAAAUAUGGCAAGGUUACAAGAACUGUUGUAACAUCACAGUCUGGUCCACCUGUUGGUGGAACACAGUUUUCUGUUCAGCGAGUGGGGGGAAAUACGGUUGCAAAGGGAAAUCACCAAGCGCUUGCUACAAAUGGAAACAUUAUCAAGCCAAACUCCAUGAAAACUGGUAACACUGUAAAAAACAGUCCUGUAUUGGCUCUGAAUGCUGCUACUGAUCUCUCGCAAUCACAAACAGUUUCCAUCUCCGGGCCUGCAAAAGGAAAUGCUAAUAAUGCUGAAACCUCCUCUAAUGAUAUGGAAUGGAAUGAGCAAUCAUGCAGCAGUACAGGAUGCGAAUUCACUGCUGGUAGUGAAUUAUCUUUGCACUCUGUGGAUUCACCCAAUGAUACCGUUCACGGGCAGCAAUCUACAGUCACUUCUAGGGCAAAUUGUCCAGAUAAUUCUUCUGCUAUUGCUGCUGAUACGAAGAUCAAGUCUGAAGCACAGUCUGAAGCCCCGGGCGGAGCCAUGAAAAUGGUUGAUAAAAAUGUGACACCUGUGGAUCAAGCAAGCAAUAUUGGCAGUGAACAUAAUAAGGGGACUCGAGCAACCUCUGAGCCAGAGCUAGAUACAGAGAACGAUGUGGACAUUACUAACAAAGAAAAACCAAUAGAUCAAGGUAGCGCUGUUGUUGCGGAGGAGAAAGCCCACACUAAAGCAACCUCUGAACCACAUACAAUCAAAGAUGUAGAGAUGACUACCAGCACUGGAAUCCCCAUAGGUCAAAGCAGCAACAUUGCUAUGGAAGAAAAAAUCGCUGGUGAAGAUAAUGCUGGAACUCAGGCAACCUCUGAGCCACAAUUGAUCAAAGAUGUGGAAAUGACAUCAGUAAUGGAUGAAAAAAGCAACGUUGGUAUUGGAGAAAAGCCCCAAUCUGAAGCGACAUCUGCAGUCAAAGAUGUGGAGAUGACCAUUGUUGCUGGAAUAGAAGCAGAUCACACACAACUAGCAGAUGGAUCAACUGAAAAUGGAGCAGGAGAACCUCACCAUGAAGAGGCAUGCAUAGAUAAGUCUGACUUCAGCGAAUUGUCAGGUCAUCAUAACAACCAUCAAUUAAUUCCAAAUGGGGUGCUACCCGCUACAGAUGAAGCUUUAUGCAGACAGGAGACUGAGGAGGGUGACCUUGUGGGUUGCAGUGCGGCCCUAAGAGAAGACAACUAG